AUGGUGGAGCGAAGUGUGGUGGCAGAGAGGAUCUAUCACAUUGUCGAGACAGCGGGGGCGUUGGACCUUCUUGCUGAGGAAGGACCAACGGAUGAGUACUAUAACCGGCUCAGCCAGUACAUGGGAAAGAAGUUCCCUGGAGCAUCAGGCCACUUGCUAGAUCAUUUGGAAGCAUUGGAAUGCUUCCUUGAUCGUAGCAUAGCGGCAGGGAUGACUUUCGGGAUAGACAAGGCGUGUGUUGCCGUGGUCGAAGGGAACUUGCUCGGGCACAACAUUGGCCGAAACGGAGCAAAACGUAGUGCUGAGAAGACCCGCGCUAUCCUGAAGUUUCCUGCUUUAAAGGAAAGGCUUCAUAUUCAACAGUUCUUGGGUUGCACAAAUUUUCUGAGAAGCUAUCUUCCUCCAGAAUAUGCUCAUUGUGCCAAGCUCCUAGGGGAGUAUGUCAAAGGGGCAAAGCCUUUCCCUGAUGAUGGACUUGGGCCAGGCACAGAAACAACAACUGAUCCAGCCGGCCUGGGCAAACUUCUGACUGCGCUUCUCAGACAUGGCCGUGGGGUCGUGGAAGAGGAGCUGAAGAAGUAUGUCAGUGUCGGCGGCUGGGUUCAGAUCGAAAAAGUCAAGGAGUGGCUCGCUCGGCUUGGAGCCGACAGGAGGGGAAUUGCUGCGCAUGCUCGAAGCAGCGUGGCUCGACGCAGCUGGUCGAUCCCCUGGAUCACGGAAGGGCUCGAUGAAGCAGAUGUGCGGAACAAGCCCGCGGAGCUGUUCCACGGCACUCGCCGUACGAACUGGGAGAGCAUCAAGCGAUACGGCUUCAUGAGUGAAAGAGCCCUGAUGGGGCGGAAGGGCAGAUUGCAUCUGCAUUUCUGCCGAGCCCGGGAACACGUCAAGCAAGGGAGCGAAGUGGUGAUCAAGGUUCACACUUCAGCUCUGUACCGACGUGCGGCUGAGGAGAACGAAAAAGUUUAUGGGAAUGAAAAAGCCAUUUACCUGCUUUUCAACAUUCCUGUAGACUGUUUUGUAGAGGUCACUGACUUGCGGACCGGGGAGGACCUUCUCAAGGGUCAAGGGGUAGGAUCUUCCCAGCUCGCAGACCGAGAAGCUCCCGCAGCCGAAAAAGCCAAGGAAGUGAAGAUUGAAGUCGAGGAAAGUCAGGUGAAGGCAGAGGUCAGCGCCGAAGAGGCGCUGGGAGAAAGGGAAGCGAGAUGGACUAAAGCAAGGGAAGUGCCAGCGGAUGACGAAUCAGAAAGUUACUCCUACGAGGAGGAUGAGGAUCCAGGAGUGUUCUGCCGAUUGGGAAGGGCUACCUUGAAUGAGGCUCGACUUGCUGAUCCCGCGGGUGUAGGUAACACCGCGGACGCUCAACCAGGUCCGACGGGUGCGCCCGGCACCGCGGACAAUCAAGACGCUCCUGCGCCUGGGAGUGCAUCUGGCACUGCGGACGCAUCUGGCCCAGCGGACACUCAAGCAGAUCCGGCGAGUUCGGCAGGACGCUCGGAUACUGCAAGUAGGCGCAAAGCCAUCGAAGAAGAUAUAAAGGAGCACGGAGCGGUCGUUUGCCCUCGUUGCGACGCCCGGAAUGUUCUGAUUGGCAAGGGAGCUCUUGGAGCUCUCGAUCCAACUGGACAUGCGGCAAGUACGAUCCGAGUCCUACGCCUCACGGAGCAAGCCGUGGAAUCUGUCCUGGCUUAUACUGCAGAGGUAGUAGAACAGGCAGAGAUGACCCUCACAGACCCGCCGCAAAGGUGCUCACCCCUGAAACGGCCGAGCACGGCAGUCCUCCGGGCAAAAGCCCUGAGGGGUGUGGCCUAUGAAGGGGGACAGCGGGCGAUAACGCCGCUCCCGAAGAAAAGGCCGGGAACCAGAGUGCGGACCAGUAGGUCACCUCAAAGGGUUCAGAAAGGAAAGGCAUCCAAUAAGGUGCCUCGCAAUGUUGCGGAAACCCCCUUUCUGAAUGGUGGAGUAAAGGGCUUAGGAAUGUUCGCAACAGCACGUGAAUAUCAGGAAGCAGCCAUUUCGGCGCUCCGCAGCUGCUCUGAAACAAGACCCGUAGCAGUGAAUCUGAUCGCUUAUGCGAUCGACAGAGCUGAUCUGCUGGGUGCUCCUCUUGCAGUCGCAGAAGUGCAUCAGGUACCUGUCAAGGUCGUAGCUGACCAAGCGCAGACCAACAGGAUGCCAGAGCAGAAGAGCGUCCUAGAACAGGCAGCUGAAGGGGUCUUGAUGUUCAGCUGCGAACAGGCAACGAGCUCCGAAGCCACUACCUUGAGGCUGGAAGGCAAGGAAAUGGGUUCAAAGGAAUCCAGCACGCGAAGGUUCUGGCCAUAG